AUGAAAUUAACAAAAGAAUUUGUUUCAUCUCUUGGAUGGGCUAAGGCUCUAUUCGAUCCUUCGUUUGAUAAAUGUUAUUGUAAGGAUUGUUAUCCUGCUGAAUAUCCAAAUGUUACAAAAGCAGGAAAUGCUGAAUACGUUAUUCCUCGUGGAUGGGUACGUUUAGGUCUUCAUGUUGAUGUAGUUACUCAAGAGCAACACGAUAUUUGGAAUAAAUGGAUUGUAACUUUUCAUGGUACUACUAUAAUAGCUGCACAUUCUAUUCUUGCUCAUCGUCAUUUUUGCUUACCCGGAGAUAAACUUAUUGAUGGAAGUGUAUUGGGUAUACGUCAAGGACAUAUUCCAGAUAAAAAACAUAUUUAUACAUCACCGACGAUUGCAUAUUCAAGUUUGCCAGUUUACAGUCCAAGGAAAGAAUUUCGUUCAUCAAGAACUAAUCGUGUUUAUGAAGUUCAAGUUGUUUUACAAUGUCGACAAAAACCAACGUCAUUUACAGCACAAAGUGAAACUGUUAGAGCCGGUUCAAAACGUAUUUGUCCAUUUAUACCUAAUGAAAAGGUCGAAUAUUAUACUGAUAUAAGAUCAGCAAUUGUUGCCUAUGGAUUACUUGUACGAUUUUAUGAAAUUUCAGAUGAUUGCGAUUUCUAA